AAGGGAGCACGGGGGGGGGGGGAGCCGGUUUUCCCUCUGGCUCCACGCUGCCUGCUGCCCUGAUGCAGCCGCCAGGCCGCCCUCCCCAGGGCUAUUUUUAUCCCCCCAAACACAUUUCGUGCCGUCCUAUUUUAAGCGGAGCAGUUGGCGCACCAGGAGCCCAGUGCCCGGCUCCCGGGGGCCCCAGAGCGCCUCGCUGCCCAGGGGAGCGGGGCAGGGGAGCCAUGCCCAGGGAGGCUGCCGAAGGUAGGCUGGGGACAGGCGAGGGGCUGGUGGGGACACCGGCGCCCGGGGGAGCCGCGCGGGUUGGAGGCAGCGGCCAAGCUCUCCCCGCACCGCAGGGAUGCCAGCCCAGGGAAGGGCAGGAGGGGUGCGGGGGGCUGCGGGGGCAGCAGCUGGCACAGCACCCAGCCGGCUGCAGGCGUGGGGGCACUGGGUUCCCAGGGGCAGCCCGCGGCAAAGGGCAGGGACCCACAGGGCCUGCAGGGUGCUUCGGGGGCGGCCGGGAGCACCCAGCCCCAGAGGGCACGGCCCUGCCAUGCACCAGUGCUCCUGGAGGCCCCCACAGCCACCGCGGACCCCAGGAGUGGGCACGGGGCUACCCUGUCGUGCUUGGCCACAGGCGCAGCCCACCAGCCCUGCCCUCUGCUCCAAAGCACACAGACACCUAUAAAACGCCCCUUCCCUCAUCCCCAGCUGCUUCCUGGGACAGCAUUGACCCAGCUGGAGCCCUGCGUGCUCCCCGAGCCCCCUCGCCAUCCUCUGGGGGACGUGCCACCGCAGCGUGGGGCACCAGGUCCCCGUCCCCACACCUCCAGCUGUGCAUCCCCAAGCAGCACCCGAGCGCUCGGGCACAGGGCCAGCAGGGACAGCCAGCCCCGGCAGCAGCCUGGCACGGGGCUGCCUGUGCCCACAGGGAGCCGGAGGGGGCAGGAGCACGCUCCUGGCCCUGGGCAGGUGCCAGCCCCACUAACAGGCUCUGGGACCGCGGCCACCAGGCUCCCACUAACUGCUCCGAUGACAGCGUGCGGCGGCUGAGGGGACGGCCAGCUCGCCUGGCCCUGUCCCGUCUGCGGCAGCUCCAUGCCAAGGGAGCACUGCGUUGGCACCAGUCAGCAUCACCGCCAGGAGGGGACACGGGCAGGUGGGGGCCUCUGGUCCCCACAGGGGUGCCCAGGCUGCGUUCAGCCCUUUCUCUGCUCCUGGCAGACGGCGCAGGCAGGGCGGAGGGCGCUGCACCGCCGGAGCCUGCCGACCCCGAGGGGGCUGAUCCCGGAGCCAUCAGCCUGCGCCCCGUGGAGUCCAUCAGCGACCUGCACUGGGCCUCGGCUGGGCACAAGGGCACCGAAGGGAACGGCCCAGCUCCAUCCGGCGCCCGGCUGCACCGCCUGCCCCGCAGCCCCCCGCAGCUGCCCACGCUGCGCCCCGUGCCGGCCGCCACCACCUGCCCUUGCCCCGGCCGCCCGCUCUUCCUCGCCCUCCUGGGCCUCCUGGCACUGGCCAGCCUGGUCCUGGCCACGAUGGCCAUCUACCUGAGCGUGCUGCAGAGCCAGUCGGUGCAGGCGCUGGCCCAGUGGCUGGAGAGCCAGGAGGACACCAUGCGCCAGCUGCGGGCCGCCAGCAGGCAGCUCUGGGCUCGCCUCAACGCCAGCGCCGAGCGCCGCUGAGCCGCCCCAGCAGAGGAGGAGCCCCAGCAUUUAUCGCCCCGUCCUGCUCCUCCCCGGCAGCAUCACCCCCAGGGCACACAGGGGCCAGCCUGCCCCUGCCGUGCGCCGUCAGAGAACGGGAAGGGCCUGCAAGGACGGGCACCUGCCCCGGCCCUUCCUCCGCGAGGCAGAAGGCACCCUCCCGUUAAUUACCUCCUCUAAUCAAGUCUUAGAAAAUCACCACCGCAGCCACAUUCCCGGGGUGGCCGGUGCUGCCAGCAGGCACGGCCCCAGCCCAGCCGCAGCAGUGCCUGGGGAGCGGCGCCAGCCCGACCCCGGGAGGCACGGGCAGCACCGGGGCCCCCGCGCCACCCACCCGGCACUUGCGUCCC